AUGUUAUAUGUUACUCCAUUUUUAAUGGAUAAAAAUAUUAAAGAAGGACUUAAGCAAUUUUGUAUGAAGUUAAAUGGACUCCCCCCUAAUGCACAGGCUGUAGAAUUUAAAAAAUUUAUAGAUCAUCAUAGCGUUGUAGAAUUUUAUAUUCCUCGGAAUACAUAUACUAAUGAUACACAAAAGUAUACUUAUGUAUAUUUUAAAGACGAAGUAGCGAUGGUUGCUGCUACUCAAAAAAUUUUUUUAGUAAGAAACAAACAGACUGAAUGGUCAGAUCCCAGUGUGCAGUCAUGUUUUAGAUGUGGAUAUACAGGCCAUUAUAUAAGAGACUGUGAUUAUAUGCCCCCUCGUACAAGACCAAUGAGAAAGAAUGAAUAUUUUAGACAGAUUAAAGAGAUUCGUCAAAAUCGUUUUACAAGAAAUAGAGCAAACAAUUAUAGUAACCCUGCUACAUAUGCUCAUAUGGUAGCACAGGGUAAUAGAAAAUUUAGAAAAAGAGAUUAUUAUGCUGAUAAUGCGCGAGAUGGUAAUCAGAAUGGUAGGUAUGUAGAUAGAUCUUGGAAUAGAAACAAUAUAAAUCAUGAUUUAUAUGGAGGUGAUGAUGAUAAUAGAAAUUCUUUUGAUGAUGAAAAAGAUUUUAUUAUGAAUGAAGUAGGAAUGCAUGAAUGGGAUGAACUACCUAAAACGCGGCCAAAUGUAAGAUCACGUGAUGUUUUGCAUGGUACUCAGAAAGGAGGUUCAAUACAUAUGAAAGAUAAAGAAAAAGAAGAAUGGUAUCAUAGACAGACUAACAAUAACUUACAGGAUAUUAAAAAUGACUUUGGAAAAAUUAAAGAUAUGAUGGAUUGUAUGUAUAAAGAACAAGCGGCGAUGAGAAAUGAGCUUAAUUUGAUUAAGGUUCAUAGUAACCCAAAUCUUAAAGAUACAACAAAAAAUACAAAUCAAAAUCAAAGUAAAAAAAGAGGAGGAGUAGUUUUUAAUAGUAAUAACAAACGUACUAGAAAUGAAGAAAGCAGCAGUUCAGAAAGUAACGCUGCUAAUAAUGUUUAUAUUCUUUCAAAUCGAAUGAACCAAGCUGAUGAUACAAUGAAAAAAAUGAUGGACAUGUUACAAAAUAUGAGUACUAAAUUUGAACAAAUAUAUGAUAAUCAAGAAAAUAACACAAAUAAAAAACAAAAAAGCACUGUUAUUAAGGGGGAUAACAAUGCUUCAAUUUCAACAAACAACAACAUUUAA